GAAGAUGAAUUUUGUUUUUAUUCGCGGCUGUCUGCAUAGCCGAGAAAGGUGUGAAUUUUUCGCAGAGGCGUGAAAACAACUGGGCGGAGGGUGUCGAAUUCUCGAGCAAGAAAUGCAUUUUUGCGUCAAGUGAUCAGCGAGGAGUGCUCUCUGCGAGGCAAAUUUGAUGAAAAUGGCAGCGGAACACCAAAACGGCGACAGCCACAGUGAGCUGGACCUUGCGAAUGAUUUGACCUACGAAUUGGCAAGAGAAAUCAUGCAAGCUUUAAUUGAUGCCCUAAGUGAACCGGAGAAUGUGAAAAUGUUGAAAGAAAUAAGAGAUGAUUGUAAGAACGACGCUCUUAGAGUUAUGGUUUACGUCUACCCUCAAGUAGUGUCCAUAAAAAUCAAAGCGAUUGAGAAAUAUGGAGUGCAUGGAGCGCAAGGUUUGAUUAGAUUUAUUACGCACAUCAAAGAAAUGAUGAAAUUGGACCCAGAGCUUUUGCAACUGUACAGGCAGCUCCAGGCGAAGUCGUUCUUAUUUGAUUCGAGUCAGCUCUCAUCCGGUCCCACUAAUUCCCAAGGACCCUCCAUGAGCCAAGUUUAAAAGAAUUUAAACAUUUAACCUUUUGCUGUAAAAUACCAUGUAAAAUCUGCAUUUUGUACUGAAUGUAUGAACCUAUACUUUUAUACUAAAAAGAAAGGCACCCGCGCCUCGCAUUGUGGUGGAGAAUCUUGUCAGUUUGUCAUUAUUAUUUUGUUUGACAUUCUUUAUAAAAACAUGUGAAUUUGUGAUGUUCUACUUUUCCGCUUAUUUAUGUUGAGCAUUUUAAAUCAUUAAUAUCUAACUGCCAUUUUUUUGUAAAAUGCUUUCAUAAUAAAAUUUCCUUGCAAAUUGUUCCUCAAAAGAACAGAAAAUCUGAUAAAGAUA